AUGCUGGUUCAGAUACUUGGGGUGAAGGAAAGCAGGGAUUUGGAGCAAGGAUUUGGUGCUGCCAUGCAGAAUCUGCUGUCAGGCGGGCUGGACAAGGCGCAUGCAGAGAGGUGGGGGAGAGCAGGCAGGGGAGUUGUGGGAGGGAAGGGUAAAUGGCAGAUGGAGAAUGAUGGGAACCUAGAAGGGUCAUGGGAAAGCAUGGACGGUGGUGGUAAGGAUGGUAGGGAUGGGAAGGGUGGGCAGUGGAGGGAGCAUCUGAAGGGGCGUGUAUGGGAGAGGUUUGUGGAUGGCAUGGCUUGGACUCUGGAGCGUGGAGGAGGGGAGGGGAGGGAGUUCAGGUGCAGCCACUGCAGUGAUGGGAACGGCAGCAGCAGCAGCAGCACUGGUGAGGGUUGCAGCAGCAGCCAUCUGGAGGGCACAGAGAUUCCCAAGGGCAUGUACGUGAGUGGCAUGGGUGCCACUGACUUUGCUCUUUGCGUUGCUGCAGUGCUGUCCACGCCACAGUACCGCACGGAGAACGAUCUCUACUGUCAGGAUGGCAACACUGCGAGCAAGACAUGGGUGGAGGAUGCAGCUAUUGAGACGGCCAGGGAGAGGCUGAGACGGGGGGCGCAGGGUGAAAGAAGGGCAGCAGGCAGAGGUGAAGCAACAACAGCAUCAGCACUGCAACCAGCAUCGGCAUCAGCACCAGCAGUGGCAGCAGGAGCAGUUUCUCCCAGUGGUGCUGCUCGGGUGGGAGUGGGACCCGUGCCUGUGAACACAAAACCUGUCAACACAAACCCAGUGAUUGCAAUCUUCACGUAUUGGGCUGUCUGCAUAUUGCAGUGGGCCCGCACCUAUAGCUCUGAACUCAUCCCCGCUAGUCAGUGCUGCAAGGACAGCCCCCAGAGGAAGGUCCGGCCCAUGCGUCACCCGCUUCGGGACCUUCCGAGCCUGCUGGUCAGGCUCGGAUCUAUUCCGAAGCCGGUGGAUCAAGGCGGCUUCCCCUGGGAGUGGGAGGAGUGGCCUCGGGGCGAUGAAGCUGUGGUGAAGCUUCCUGAUGACCCGAGUGCAAGAUUCUUUCGGCUGGGAAUUGUGGAGGAAGCAAGUGGGGCAGCAGAGGAGUGCGGGGCAAGGGAGAAGGGCGGACAGAGGUCAUCUGGGCAGGGGCCAAAGGCAGAAAGCAAGAUGGGGGCCGGGAGGGGGCAAGGAGGAGGCAACGGGAUGGGCAAGCCGGAGGGAAGCAGCAAAGGGCAUGGGAAAGAAGAGAGAAUCAGAGGGCUGACGAGCGAAGACCAGAGAGGCCUGCACCGGUUGCUGACAGAUUUGCUGCCGCUAGUGCAGAGGAAAUACCCCAUCGUUCGCUACAUUGCCGAUGCCGAGUUUCUGGUGGAGUUUGCCGGGUGCAUGAUCAAGCCACCUGCAUGCGCACAGUGCAAAGAAUGCUUUGCUCUCUUUAACCUACACAUCCCCUUCCUUGGGGUCGUCGCCAACUACGCCUAUCGACCUGCCUCCAUCCUAUUCAACCGCUUUGUAUCCAUCUUCCCCCUACAUUCUCAGCAAUUCAACCAUCUGACUGGUCUUAUCGGCCUGCCGCCGUUCCCUGCCAGCGUGCCUGGCUUUCUAAGGUCGCUUAUGGUGCAGGCGCGGGCAGAGCAGGUCCCUAUUGUUUUCCUGCUGCAUGUGGCUCACAACUGGCCUCUCUCCAUUCUGGGAAUCAGGGACUUGCAGCAUUUCCACAGGCGGGAAUGGGAGGAGGAGCAGGAAGGACUGGGCGUGAGGCAUGGUAGGGAGGAGGUGGAGGAGGAAGAGGAGGGGGACGGGAGGGUGUGGGAGGAGGUGCGGACGUGGUGCCUUGCGGUGCUGUCUGCGUGGGCGGGCAGCUGGAAGUUGGCGAGUUUUGCUGGCUCUUCUGGUGCCGGCGGGAGGAGCAGCGGCAGCAGUGGCAGUGGUGGGAGUGGCAGGAGCGGCAGCAAUCGUCGUGGAAGUGAUGGGCGAAGCAGAAACAGCAGCAACAAAGGGAGCAGGGGGGAUGAUGAGAAGGGAAAGAAGGAGGAGGAGCCGGCUUACCUGAAGACAUGGCUUGGGGGAGUCAAUUUGGUGGCAUGCCUGCAAGAGAUGCUGCUGGGGGAGCCAUGCUACCGCCCUGCCUCCCCUGCUGCCCCUUCCACCGCUGCUGCCCCUGCCACCCCUGCUGCCCAUUCCGCCCCUGAUCCCUCGUCCACCCCCCCUGCCCCACCCGCUGUUGCUACACCAUGCAAGGCCACUGCACCCUUUUCAGUUACAGGAGGCUCUGGUUCAGCUGCGUGUGGGGGGCGUGUGUGCGGUGCUGCUGGGUGUGGGACGGUGGAGGGCGGUGGUGUGAAGCUGAAGAACUGCUCUGGGUGUGGCAAGGUGGCGUAUAGCAGCAGAGAGUGCCAAAAGGCGCACAGGCCCUCCCACAAGCUCACAUGCCCCGGCAGGACCAGCGGGAGAGGAGGUGGCAGCAGUGGUAAGGUGAGUGGAAUAGUGAGUGAGACAAGGUGGCAGCAGCAGGGUGUGUGGCAAGGGGAGUGA